AUGUCUACCCCGAACGAUCUCCAGACCCUACUGGCCAGCAUUAGGGGACGUCCAUCGCCCCCUAAUGGCCCCGGUCAGGAUUAUUAUCAGCAACGUCCCCAGCAGCAAUACCAACAGCCUUACCAGCCGGGAAUGUUCCCGCCUCAUCACCCCCAGCAGCCGUACGACGGACAGGGCUAUCCCCAUCCCCAGCCGCACGGUUACUUUCACCCAUCAGUCUCGUCAAAUAUGCAGAGUCCUGCCCCAGUGAAUACCCCGCCUCACCAUGGCUCUGAUAUCCUCAGCCCGAAUGUGCCGACUCCUCGUAAUGACUGGCCUCAGCAGCCGCCACAGCAGCAGCAGCAGCAGCAGCCGCCGCAACCAGUUGACCUGCUGAGUCUUCUGCGAUUCAGCCAGGGUCAGGGUGCGGCUCCUUCGCAAGCUCCAGUCAUGGCUCCCGAGCAGUCUCGCUCUCCGCCCACACAGGAGACGACCUCGCCACACGGACGAAACACUUCCGCCUCGGACUUUGUCGCCUCGCUGUUCGGCAAACAGGCCGCCCCCCCUGCUCCUGCGCCCUCUGCCCCCGCCGAGGCGCCUCCUGCUCAGCCGGAAGGCCCGAGUGAGAACACACAGGAUAUGCUGCUCCGCCUGCUCAACCGAUAUCAGCCCGACGCGCCGGCGCUGGUUCCAACUACCCAGACUGCUGCUCCCGAGUCGGCCAAGAAUGAGCCCAAGGAGAUCAUUGAGAUUGUAGAGGCUAGCCCUAAAGCGCCCGCAGAGCCAGAACCGGUCGUGUCCCCGGGCUCUAAGGACUCUAUGUUCACAUAUGUCAACCCUUUCGAUCAAUUGGCUGCCAUGUCUCCUCGCAAGCAGUCCCCGCAUCCCCAAUCGGACGACGAGGGUCCUGAAAUUGAAGUGACGAAGAAGGUCAACGUCACCGCGAAUAUUGAACGUGUUACCGCUCCCGCAAUGCCUCGGCUCAAGCGGAGCGAUCAGCAAGAUGCGGUCAACGAAGUCGUUGGUCGUCUUGUCGAUCAAAUCGGUCGUUCUCUCAGUGGUAGUCAAGCGAAGGCCCUGGAACUGGAGAGGGAAGCUCCCACCGUGAAGGAGGAGCCUACCAACACGGUCAUUGCGGACAUCGCCGAUCAAUUGCGUGAGACUGUUGCUGAGGCCAAGGAGGAAGCUGGCUUGGAAAUGCCUGCCGAAUCCGUCAAGCAGGUCAAAAUCGACAUUUCCUCUUCCCCUGUUGGCCAGAGCGGGAAUGAAAACACUGAUGCUCUGGCUGAUAGCUGGGAAAGCGCAGAAGAUAGCGCCGAAAAAGAGGAGGAACGUGUGGUCUCUGUUCACAACUUCCCUCUGCGGCCUUUUAUCUCCAUCGCGGUGAAGCCGCAGUCUGGGAAGCUUAUGACCUUCCGAGACGAUGAUGUUAUGGAUAUCGCCCGUCUCAAAAAGGAGUUUGACCAGCUCGACCGCUCUUUGACCGCUGCUACCUCUGAAUAUAUUGUUUACGCCCUGGCAAAAACUGGCGGCAUCAGAAUCAUUCGUCAAGACGACGGAUCUGACCGACAGGUUCUCCGUUCCACUCGCGAUCGCGUAUUCAACGUCGCUUUGUGCACUUCUGCCUCCACUACUGGCCAGUCUGAAGUUCAGGCCUUCCUUGGAAUCGGUGUCAGUGGCACUGUCUACUGGGCUCUGAUCUCGGGCCAGGACAAGGAUCUCUUCGAGCAGGAUGCUCUGGAGCGCGAUAGUCUCAUCUUCCCACCGUUCCCUGCCUCCGACGAGAACACCUCCGGUGGCCAGCUGAAAACGCGGGCCAAGCGGAGCACUCGCCACGCCGACUUGUUUGCUAUUGGUCGCGGAAAGAACAUCUAUGUCGUUUCUCCCUAUGCGGCUAUGCACCCAAACUACGGCGUGUCUGGGGCCCAGCGUACGGUCAACACUGAGAAGUUCCUCAAGGAGCGUGCCCUGAAAAUUUCUACUGGCAAAGCCGGAAAGGACUUUGCCUUCAGCGAUGAUGACACUGUCAUUGCCUCUCUCGACAAGACUGGCCGCCUGCGUUUCUGGGACAUCAAGGAUGUUCUUGAAAAUCCCUCAUUUGCUGAUGGCCCUGUUGCGAAUGAAGUUCGGGUUCCCUUGAACACGUUCGUGACUGGCUCGCCCGCUGAAAAAUCCUGGCCUACUUCGGUGCUCUUCCUUGACAAGCUUCGCGCCUACUCAAAGUCCACGGCUCUUCGCUAUGUGUUGGUUGGACUUAAGCAGAACCAUACCUUGCAGCUCUGGGAUAUUGGGCUGGGCAAGGCUGUGGAGGAAGUGAAGUUCCCCCAUGAGAACGAGUCGGACGCCAUUUGCAGCGUCGCUUAUCACCCGGCGUCGGGUAUCGUUGUGGUUGGCCACCCUACGCGCAACUCCAUUUACUUCGUUCAUCUAUCUGCACCCAGAUACAACCUGCCUGUGAUGUCCCAGGCGGAAUUCAUCAAGGCAUCCACCGAGAAGGACAGUAAUUUGCCCAAGCCCGAAUCUACUGCUUGUUUGAGCGGCAUUCGUGAGAUCUCCCUGGGCAGUAAGGGUCAGCUGCGAAGCCUGGAGCUUCUUCCUACCAUUAAGUCUGCCACUGAUAAGCGUGGUGCCGAGGAAACUGGCCUGUUUGAGCUGUACGUGAUGCAUUCGCAUGGUGUGACCUGCCUGAACAUCAAGAAGGAGGACCUGGGAUGGACCUCUGAUAACAAGGUCAUUCGCCCUAUCGACGGAUUGGAAGAAGGCACGAUCGAGAUCAGUGACCUUCAGACUUUCCCGAGCUACGUCACGGACGAUCCCUCAGUGAAUGGGGACACUGCGUCCACCACUCCUUCCCGCGCUGCUACCGUGAAGGAUACAGUGAAGAAGACCGACGUAUUGGAAUCAACUGCUGGCAUCAUUCCCUCUCGCAACGCUUCUCCCACCAAGGUCGCCAAGAAGAAGCCCGUGGAGGAGCAUACCGAAUCCGCUACUCCUAGUGGCGCCGAGAAGCCUGAAAAGAAGAAGAAGAAGAAGGCUUCUGCCUCUGAAGCAACUUUAAAGGCCAAGGAGCCCACCGUCUUGGCCGGUAUCGAAUCUUUCCCGACCAAGGAGAUCGAUUCUCUUGCUACAUCGACUGCUGCCAUGGCUGCGACCCGCGCUGCCGAAGGCACAGGUUCUAAUGGACUUGUUGUCUCAAGCCUGCCUGCUUCUGCCAUCUCAAGUGAGGAUCUGAAUCAGCACAUGGUGACUCUGCAAGGCACUGUCUCCGCUGAGCUCAACAAGUCCCUUGGUCAAGAGUUUGAAAGUCUCUACCGCCGCUUCGAUGAUGAGCGUCGCAGCUGGGAUGCCGCUUCGUCCGCCAAGCAGGAUCAAGUCCUUCGUCUGGUCUCAAGCACACUGUCUGACAAUGUCGAGAAGAACCUCACCCGUAUUGUCUCCCAGAGCAUUCAAACUGAGGUUAUCCCCGCUAUUGGCCAGACGGCUGCCAUCGCCGUUGCCAAGCAGGUGAACAGCAUUGUCACCCAGCAGCUUGGAAGCCUGUUCAAGGAUGAGCUGCGCCAGGCCCUUCCCAAGGCGGUCGCCAAUGCUCUGCAACAGCCGGCCGUCCUGAAGACCAUCUCAGACUCAGUUGCAGAGAACUUGGCUCCUCGCCUUGAGACCGAGGUCUCGAAGGCUGUGCAAGGUUCGAUCGCUCCCUUGAUUGAGACCCUGUCCCUCAGCACCAAGAAGAUCGAGACCGAUAUGGAGAGACAGUUCCAGGCUCAGAUCAGGUAUUACGAGGCCCAGCGCCAGAGCGACAACGCUAAGCUUGAGGAAAUGGCUACCAUGCUGCGCGGUCUGUCUACCACCGUGGCUUCGCUUGCCGCGAACCAGACUCGCCAGAGCGAGCCAACCCACAACAACCGCCCCUCCGUGGGACGCCCGACACCUGAGGAAAUUGUCAAUGUUGCUCCUCGGGCAAUGCCUCAACCCCAGCCUCAACCUCACCCUCACCCUCUGUCUCGCCCUCAAUCCAGACCAUCGAGUGGUCCGCCUCAGAACGUUGCCGCCCAGUCGAGUGCUCCUGCUCCCCUCGCCGAUACAGCUGAGGCGACUGAGAUCUCUCGGCUUCUCAAUGCCGGUCGCUACGAGGAUGCCACCAUGAAGUGGAUCCAGUCAAGCCAGCAGGCUGACCUCUUUGACCAUGUCUUUGUCAACGUUAGACCCGACUACCUGCCCCGUUUGUCCGCCAUGCUCAUGCUCUCCGUGGGUGUUGCGACCAACGUCGCCCAGCGUCUGAACUGGAUCAAUGUGAUACUCAAUAACAUGAACCUUGCCGACCCUGAAAUGCGCGAUGUCACCCCCAAGAUCAUGCAGCGUCUUAGCGAGCGCCUGAAUGGCCUAUACAUGGACGUCGUCAACCGCAACCCGCAAGAUCCCCUUCUCCGCCUGAUCAUCCCCCUGACUCGUCGCGCCCACGGCAUGAACGUCUAA